AUGGAAGUUGUCACAAGACCUGGUACUACUCAACAGACCGGCUCUGCCAUUUUAAGAAAGAAACCUUGCCUAAAGAUUCAUAGGGGAAAUCUAACAGGACUGGUAAAUUUAGGCAAGAAACUUAAGACCAUAAAGAGGGAAACUUUCAAGAUGAAGUACGGAAAUCUUUUGAGCCUAUUAGAAGUGGAAGUACAACUGCCUGCCAUCACAGCCCUAGUCCGGUACUAUGACUCUCCGCUAAGGUGUUUCACCUUCCAGGACUUCCAGCUGGCGCCAACUAUAGAAGAAUUUGAGCAUAUCCUGGGCUUGCCACUAGAGGGUACCUUACCAUAUCAGCACUUGGAGCAUCAUGCCUCCAUUCCUACCAUUUCUGCCAUUAUGAAGUUGCACCCAAAAGAAUUAGAAGACAGGAUGGUAACAAGGAAUCAAGUGCGUGGGCUGACACAAGGAUAUCUUGAACAAUAUUUGCAUCAGCUGGCCGAUAAGGAAGAAUGGGAGGUUUUUAUGGAUGUGUUGGCUCUCACCGUGUACGGCAUCGUUUUGUUCCCCAGAAUAAAAGACUUUGUGGAUUACACCGCUAUUAAUGUCUUCGUGGCAAAAAAGACCAGAUCAGAAAAUCCUGUAACAGCGGUCCUCGCAGAUGUGUAUGGGACCAUGAGUUUUUGCCACGAGAGAAAGGGGAAGAAAAUUCUGUGUUGCUUGCCAGCAUUGUAUGCAUGGAUGACCGCGCGCAUGUUUAAAGGGCCAAUUGAUGUCAGGUGUCCAUCGGAGGAUCCGUCGCACCAGGGGCUUAAAGGCAAAGGGGGCAAUGAGUGGGCCCAAUUCUUGGCUGGUUUGAGAGAGGGAAACGUAAAAUGGCGCCUUCCUUGGCUUGAGGCUAAACCAUCUAUCCAACAUUGUGGCAACUUCCCUAACAUACCUCUCAUAGGCGCCAGAUAUUGUAUUAACUACAACCCUGUUUUGGUCCAAAGACAGUUCGGAUAUCCUAUGAAGGGGGCGCCUUCACCAGAUUAUCUCACAGCCUUCUUCAUCUACUAUGAGGACAGACACUGUACUGAAAUGUUAAGGAGAGUCAGAAGUGCCUGGGAAAAUGUGGUGCGAGCCGAGAAAGACCUGAGGAGUGGAGUGAUGGAUAGCAGGGUUAGUUAUCAUACCUGGGUUCUGGAGAGGGUAAGAGAAGUCAAGUUGCCUUUCAAGCCCAUCAAUGAUCAACCGGCGAGUGGAGGAACACCCCAAGCCCCAGAAAGUGAAGAGGUGAAACAGCUGAAGGCUGAGAUGGAGAAAUUGAGGGAAUCAGGGCAUCAAAUGAAGGAGAUGGCUACAUCAUUUGAAGCGGAGUUGAAUCAGGAGCGCUGGAAGCUGGCAGAGGCUGAAGGGGAAUAUCGAGCCAUGCUAAAGCAGAUGGAGGAUUACAUCGAGGAGCAGGAGGAGCGAUGGAGGUCGUUGGAAUUUGAAGAAAGGCAUCAGGCCUUGAUAAAGCGAAUGAAAGAGCACAUCGUAGAACAAGAAACGGCCGUAAAGCAUUGGAAGGAAAGCUUCUCGCAGUUGGCUGCUUUGGCAAAUGGGGCAAUUGAGGACAUCCCCAGAAUGGUGUCGGAAGCUGAAGCGAGUACCCACUUCUAUAGCCCUCCAGUAGAAAUAGAGCUUUUUAUUAAUCACUGUAAACGGUUGAUAGACGAGAUGAAAUCCCUCAUCACUCGGGCUAGGAAUCAAUGUACUUAG